AUGCCGCUCUAUAAACUCACCUCGUUGGACAUCCGUGAUACGGCGCUUGUUGAUUGCGCCACGGGCGAGACGCUAUACCGUACCUCCACUCCCGUCGCCUCCCCCAGAUCAAGAGCCAGCUCCAUCACUAGCUGGGCGAGCUCCAGCAGAUCUCAGGAGAAGCUGCCUUUGCGGGAUCAGUGCACGACAGCAGUGCUUGAUCGCGAGGGCCAAAUCGUUGCGGAGAUUGUGUGGGAGGGCACGCAUACGCCGGAAAUCAGGAUAGGGGACGAGGUCCUGAAAGGCACAGGGGAGCUCUUCGAUGCUGCCUUCGUUAGGGUUCUCCCAGACGAAACAUUCCUCCCUACCCGUAUGGAGUAUACGUGGAGGAUAACUCCGGAGACCCUGACUCUGCUAGACGACGACGGCGCCGUUGUAGGGCGGCUGUAUGCGGAUUGCGCGUUCAGCAAAGGGCGUCCCGUACCGGCUCUAAGACCUCAUACGGGGCUCGACUACCUCGAACUCCAUACGCUCAUGUCAGAAGAUCUAUUGGAAGUAAUCGUGUCGUAUCUGCUCGUCACUACCCUGCGCGAGCGGUUGUUUUCUGUCACCAAAUACGUGUACGGCGGUCAACGCAAACGGCCCCUCUCCACACUACGCUCGCACGCUACCCGGAGCUUCGUCAGCCUCCGAGAUAGCAUUCGCCAUAGUAUAUCGCCCAUGAAACACCACCAUUAG